AACAACCUCAGACAACAAACGCACUUUCUUGUGUUAUAAAAGGACCCAAUAUUGGUUUCCUUUGGGUGCCAUUGAACCUACAUUGACCUUUUCUGAGCAAAUGAAAAUGGCACGAAUCUUCCUUACCACUCUUUCUCUGCUGCUCCUGCUCCUUGCUCCUUCCGAGGCUGAUCAAAUAAAUCCCUACCAACCAACAUCUUUUUCUGAAAUUCAUAAACCAUUUCUGGGCCGCCGUGAUGAUUCCCACAGUAAACUAACAGGUGACACACCCGAGGAAAGAAAACAAUUCGAUGAUCGAGAACGCUACACAUUGCCUCAAAAUGCUUUCCACACUCCUGACAAACUCACUGAAGGAUUCUACGACCAAGUUUGCCCCGGUUUACAAAACAUCAUCACCCAAGCUUUCCGCCAGAUCGUUGAGCAGAAUUCAGGCGCAAUCGGUAACAUCAUUCGCCUUCAGUUCCAUGACUGCUUCGUCAAUGGAUGCGAUGCAUCGAUAUUGUUAGAUUAUACACCAUCGGGUGACAUGGUUGAGAAAGGUUCGGCGUUCAAUGGUUUUCUCCUGAAAGGGGCUGACAUGAUAGAUGACAUAAAGGCAAAGGUGGAGAGCAAGUGUCCUGGAAUCGUGUCAUGUGCAGACAUAUUGGCAUUUACAACCCACGUAGCAAUGACAAUGGCGGGUUUACCUGCUCAGAGGCCCCUUGGAGGUCGCAAAGACGCUACCGUUUCCUUUGCAAGCGUUGUAGAAGCCGACAAUCUUCCUAUGUCAGAUUGGAACAUCGACCAAAUGAUGGAACUGUUUGGCAGGAAAGGGUUCAACAUAGAAGAAAUGGUGGUGAUGAUUGGUGCACAUUCUGUUGGGAUUACUCAUUGCGACUUCUUCAUGCAGAGGGCCUUAGACUUCAAUAAGACUGGGGUCCCUGACCCUACCCUGGGUCAGGAGACGAUUGAUGAAAUCAAAAAAGCAUGUCCUAAUCCUGGCACAACCCUGUUUAGGAAUCCCCCUGUGAACUUUGAUGCCACACCAACUGUUCUUGAUAACCUCUUCUUCAAGGACAUGGUGGAUAAAAGGAGAACUUUGCUCAUUACAGAUGGACAUCUUAUUGAAGAUAGCAGAACUAGGCCAAUCGUCGAACAGAUGGCAGCCGACCCUAACUUGUUCCCCAAGAGGUUUCCUGAGGUCAUGCUCAAGCUCAUGUCUUUGAAUGUGCUCACAGGAAAUGAAGGGGAGGUGAGGAAGAUUUGUAGAUCCACUAAUUAAACAUCAUACAAAUUACUGUAACUAUGCCAUCAUCGUUAACUAAAUUUCUUAUUCUUUAAUUCCUAUUUUUUCCAACUGGGGCAUUUUCUUCACUGCCCCUUUUCUUCCUUCCAUUUGGAAUUUCUCUCAUGUAUUCAUU